AGGUCGGACGCUCGCUUUUCUUUUGGAGAUUCACUUCUUUCCCUCCUCUCUGUCGCUUCCCCUCCAUCUGUUUGUUGUCCUUUUCUUUUCUGCUGUGGACAGACGGACGCUCUUCAUCAUCUCCACCACCUCCACAUCAUCAUCCUCCAGCUGUGGGACUGUGUGUCGGGCAGACGGCGGGAUGCUUUCCACCGGAUAGACCAACAGAAAGUUGUAGUGUGUGUGUGUGUGUGUGUUUCUGUGUGUCCUAUAGUGUGACUCUGAUUGGUUGAUUGAUUCCAACAUGGUGAGACUCGGAAGUUAACGUCUCACUCAUGAAUUCUUACCAUCGUCACCAUAGUGACCGGCGACCUUGGCGGCAGCGGCGGUUUCCACAUUAUGUUUUGAAACUUUAAAGUUCAUUAUAUAUAUAUACACAUAUAUAUAUAUAGAAAGGUUGUUACCAUAGUAACCAGCAUGCAGGUGUCCAUAGCGUGUAACGUGGGUGGGGGCGGCGGAGGUGGAGGUGGGGUCAGCGAGCACCAGCUGAAGGAGCGGCGUGUGGCGUUGAACACCAGCAAUGCCCCCCCCUGUCAGUCAAAGGUCAGGGCGGAGCCGGCGAACAGGCACACCCUCUUAGGCCACGCCCACAUGAAGGAGGCCCUCGGUCGUCAUAGCAACAUGAAGUACAGGAAUCUUGGGAAAUCUGGCCUGAGAGUGUCCUGCUUAGGGCUGGGAACAUGGGUGACAUUCGGCUCUCAGAUCUCCGAUGAGAUGGCGGAGAGUGUGAUGUCGGUGGCGUACGACAGCGGAGUGAACUUGUUCGACACAGCAGAGGUUUACGCCUCAGGGAGGGCAGAGACGACUCUGGGAAACAUCCUGAAGAAGAAAGGAUGGAGGAGGUCCAGCUACGUGGUGACCACUAAGAUCUACUGGGGAGGACAGGCGGAGACAGAGCGAGGGUUGUCACGGAAACACAUCAUCGAAGGUCUGCGUGGAUCUCUCUCCAGGUUACAGCUGGAUUACGUGGACAUCGUCUUCGCCAACAGGAGUGACAUCAACGCACCGAUGGAGGAAGUCGUUCGUGCGAUGACCUUUGUGAUCGAUCAGGGCCUCGCCAUGUACUGGGGAACGUCACGCUGGAACGCCGUGGAGAUCAUGGAGGCGUACUCUGUGGCCCGGCAGUUUAACCUGGUUCCUCCGGUGUGUGAACAGUCCGAGUAUCAUUACUUCCAGAGAGACAAAGUGGAGCUGCACCUGCCUGAACUUUACCACAAGAUAGCUGCGCUUAUCAUCCGCUCUGGCAGCUUGGAUCGCUUGUGA